AAACAGUAAAUAUUAACACGCCGCCUCGUACUCCAGAAAUGAACAAAAAGGCCCAUGAGUUACAAUCAGCCAGUCUUUCUUGCUUGCUUAUGAACUUGGGGUGGUGAAGGUCCGGAGUCCCAAGAAUUCUGGUCAGUUUUCACGUGUCUGGCUCAUCCAUACCCUGCAAGCUUUAAUGGUCAGUCAAACCCAUCCCUCUUCACCAUAAGUUUAUUCGGUUUUGGAUUUUUAUAAUCAUGGAAUCCUGUGUGCAAUCGUGGUUUGGGGAUAUGAAAUUUGUCGGCAGGGAUUGGAAUGUCAACUAGGUAGAGUAUCGAAAAAAGGGUUCUUCAAUUUUUCAGCUUUCUGAAGAAGUUGGAGAGCUGUGUAAUUGAGUUUGUGCAAAUGGGUUUGUGGGAAAGUUGGGAACUUUGUGGGUUUUAGCUGGGUUCUGCUUUAUGACGUUGUAACGAGGUUUUGUGAUGACCCUUUUCUGGUGUUGGUGGUAUUUGGUUGAGAAUAGAAUCAUGAUUUUAUGAGACCAAUUGAAUUGUACAGAGAUCUUUCUUGUCAAGCUUUUCUUGGUGAUUGAAAAAAGGGAUUCCCUUUCUGGCAUUCAAUUGUUGGUUGAUUCUCUCUUUUCCUGGUUCAUGGUGAUUCCUGGGUCCGGUAGAUUCCAGUGACCAAGAGUACCAGGAGUUUAUUAGUUUGGAUUUCAACUUCACCUGAUAAGAAUCUCAUCUUUUCGGGAAGGAAGGAAGAAUUUGGAUUCUGGGGUAUACGCCAUUGUUGGGUGCAUAUGUGUUGGAUUGAUUGAACUAAGCUAGUUUGGGGAGGAAGGAAGAAUAAAGUUGUAGCGUAACGAGGCUGGAGAGAUGUCAUCAGUGUCUUUGAACAAGACAAGUCCUUCUAAAAGUAGCUCUUCUAGAUCAAAACAUGGGGCUCAUGUGGUUUCGCAGACACCCAUUGAUGCAAAGCUAGAUGUAGACUUCAGAGAAUCUGAACGGUCUUUUGAUUACUCCGCCUCAGUUGACUGUAAUAUCUCAAGUUCAACUAGCAAUGUCCUCUCCGCCACCGUAUCUGCUUACCUCCGGAAUAUGCAGAGAGGCCGGCUCAUUCAACCAUUUGGUUGCUUGAUUGCUAUUGAUGAGCAAAACUUCAGUGUUCUUGCCUACAGUGAAAAUGCCCCAGAAAUGUUGGAUUUGGCCCCUCAUACUGUUCCAAAUAUUGGGCAGCAAGAAGCUUUGACUUUUGGAACAGAUGUCCGCACGCUCUUUCAGUCCCCAGGUGCUGCUGCAUUGCAGAAAGCAGCUAAUCAUGUGGAACUUAAUCUUCUCAAUCCCAUAUUGGUGCAUUGUAAAACCUCGGGUAAGCCCUUUUAUGCAAUUCUGCAUCGAGUUGAUGUUGGCUUAGUAAUAGAUUUAGAACCAGUAGGUCAAGAUGAUGUUCCGGUCACUGCUGCGGGGGCAUUGAAAUCUUAUAAGCUUGCUGCCAAAGCCAUCUCAAGAUUGCAGUCCUUGCCAAGUGGGGAUAUAUCAUUGUUAUGUGAUGUUAUAGUGAAGGAAGUUAGUGAUUUGACGGGGUAUGAUCGCACAAUGGUGUAUAAAUUUCAUGAAGAUGAACAUGGGGAAGUUGUUGCUGAGUGCCAUAGACCCGACCUGGAACCUUAUCUGGGUUUGCACUACCCAGCCACUGAUAUACCACAGGCUUCAAGAUUCCUCUUUAUGAAGAACAAAGUUAGGAUGAUAUGUGAUUGUUUUGCCCCUUCAGUUAAAGUAAUUCAAGACAAAACAUUAGCUCAGCCAUUGAGUCUUUGUGGAUCAGCAUUGAGGUCUCCUCAUGAUUGUCAUGCACAGUAUAUGGCAAACAUGGGUUCUGUUGCAUCUCUUGUAAUGUCUGUGACAAUCAAUGGCGACGAUAGUGACGAUGGUGAGAUGGAGCGUGAUCAGCAGAAGGGAAGAAAAUUGUGGGGUUUAGUGGUCUGCCAUCACACAACUCCUAGAUUUGUUCCGUUUCCUUUAAGGUACGCAUGUGAGUUUUUGAUGCAAGUCUUUGCUGUACAGAUCCACAAAGAAGUGGAGUUGGCUGCCCAGUCAAGGGAGAAACAUAUAAUGCAAACACAAUCUCUGCUUUGUGACAUGCUCCUUAGGGAUGCCCCUCUAGGUAUUGUUACUCAAUCACCUAAUGUGAUGGAUCUUGUUAAGUGUGAUGGAGCUGCACUGUAUUACAGAAAGAAAGUGUGGUUACUUGGGGUCACCCCAUCCGAGGCACAAGUUGGAGAUAUUGCUGCAUGGCUUCUUGAAUACCAUAGUGAGAGCACAGGCCUAAGUACUGAUAGCCUUAUGGAAGCUGGCUAUCCAGGUGCUUCAGAUCUUGGCGAUGAAGUUUGUGGAAUGGCUGCGAUUAGAAUUACUUCAAUGGACUUCCUGUUUUGGUUUCGGUCCCACACUGCAAAGGAAAUCAAGUGGAGCGGUGCAAAGCAUGAUCCUGAUGAGAAGGACGAUGGAAGAAAGAUGCACCCCAGGUCAUCAUUCAAGGCUUUUUUGGAGGUAGUUAAGCGACGAAGCAUACCAUGGGAAGAUGUUGAAAUGGAUGUCAUCCAUUCUUUACAGCUGAUAUUGAGAGAAUCAUUGCAAGACAAUAUUGUAGAUGAUUCCAAAAUGAUUGUGACUGGUCCAUCAGUUGAUGACAGGAUGCAGAGAGUGGAUGAAUUGCGUGUUGCCACAACUGAAAUGGUUCGGCUUAUUGAGACAGCUGCAGUUCCCAUUUUUGCUGUUGAUGCUACUGGUAAUAUAAAUGGGUGGAAUAACAAGGCAGCUGAACUAACAGGAUUGGCUGUUGAGCAAGCUAUUGGUAGGCCGUUAGUUGAUAUUGUGGGGGAUGAUUCAAUUGAAGUGGUGAAGAACAUGCUCUCAUUUGCAUUGCAAGGUGUUGAAAGGCAAAAUGUUGAAAUCAAAUUGAAAACAUUUGGUCAUCAAGAAAAUGGCAGCCUUACAAUCUUGGUGGUUAAUGCAUGUUGUAGCCGAGAUAUAAAGGAAGAUGUUGUUGGGGUUUGCUUAGUUGCCCAAGAUCUUACAAGAGAAAAGAUUGUUAAGGACAAAUACACUCGUUUGCUAGGUGAUUAUGUUGGAAUAGUGCAAACACCUUCUGCACUGAUUCCUCCAAUAUUUAUGACCGAUGAAAACUGUCAUUGCUCGGAAUGGAAUGAUGCUAUGCAAAAUUUGUCUGGUUUGCGAAGGGAAGAAGCUGUUGGUCGAGCGCUCCUUGGGGAAGUCUUCACAGUUAGCAAUUUUGGCUGUCGUGUUAAAGAUCAUGACACAUUAACCAAGCUUAGGAUACUGCUGAAUGGAGUACUUGCAGGCCAGGAUGCUUGUAAAUUGCUUUUUGGAUUUUUUGAUCUGCAGGGUAAUUAUGUUGAAGCAUUACUUUCUGCUAACAAGAGAAGUGAUGAAGAAGGAAGGAUAACUGGGGUUUUGUGCUUUAUAUAUGUUGCUAGUCCAGAGCUUCAGUAUGCUAUGCAGGUGCAAAGAAUAGCAGAGCAGGCUGCAGCUGAUAGUCUUAGGAAAGUGGCCUAUAUUCGUCAAGAAAUCAAAAAGCCUCUAAGUGGGAUUAUGCUAAUGCAAAAUCUAAUGGGGUCUUCUAAUUUAAGCAAAGAGCAGCAGCAGCUACAUAAGAAGAGCACAUUGUGUCGGGAACAAUUGACCAAGAUUGUUGAUGACACUGAUGUUGAAAGUAUGGAGGAGUGCUACAUGGAGAUGAAUUCUGUUGAAUUCAACCUCGGUGAAGCUAUGGAAGUUGUCAUAAAUCAAGUUAUGAUCUUGAGUCGGGAGCGGCAGGUGCAGGUCAUCCAUGAUUCACCAGCAGAGGUGUCAACCAUGGUCUUGUAUGGAGACAAUUUGAGGCUACAACAAGUCAUCUCAGAUUUCUUGACAAACGCAAUCCAGUUCACCCCUUCUUUUGAUGGAUCAACGGUUGCUCUCACAGCGAUUCCAACCAAGGAACGUGUAGGGACUAAAAUGCACAUUGUUCAUAUUGAGUUUCGAAUCACUCAUCCAGCACCAGGAAUGCCAGAUUAUUUGAUUCAAGAGAUGUUUCAUGACAGCAAUCGCGUCUCAAGGGAAGGGCUCGGCUUACACCUCAGCCACAAUCUGGUGAAGAUCUUGAAUGGCAGUGUACAAUAUCACAGAGGAGCAGAGACAUCAUCCUUUAGAAUCCUCAUAGACUUUCCACUGGUUCACCACAUUAACAGCUGAUAUAUCUUCGCCGAGAAUGACAACACUGGCUGCAGCGGACUCUCACUUAACCUCGACGGCAUGUUCAUAACUAAGUGCCGAUAUGAUACUGAUUUUUCUUUCACUACUCAAAUUGGAAAACUGGGAUACUAUCUAUUAGAGAUUAGGGAGUGCUGGAGAAUGUUAAUAGCAAUUAGCAAAUACAAAUCAAGUUAAUGGAAGACCUCCCCAAAUUUGCGUUUAAUUAUAGUUCUGAUCCAAUGUUCAACCA